UCUGCUGUCCUCCCUGGCCUUGACUGGUGCUUGGUGCCUGGCGUUCAGGGUAAUUUCCUUUCAUAAGGACCACUGCCAUCCUCGCAUUAGCAUUUUCACUGCUGUGGGGGCAACACUCGGGUGCGCGAGUGUGUGUGUGCUUCUGUUGCUUGCUCGUUACGGGUCUUAUUAUGCAGGGACUUGGGAAGACUGAGAGAGGGGAGCAGGGCCGAGACAUCGACCUGACAUCGCUGAGAUCCACCAUGCCAGCCAGCGGCCCUCUGCAGGGAGGUUCAACCACAAAUCUGAACAUGAACCUGUAUGCCACGAAGAAGACGGCAGCUGAGGGCAUGCUGGAUAUCGCUCUGUUCCUGGCUAACAUCACACACAUGAAAACUGUCAUCGAACAAGGAGCUGGAUACAGGUACUACAUUGCUGUCCUGACUCUCAUCUCCUUCUCCUUGGCUCUCCAGAUAGUGGCUGGAGUCCUUAUCAUCAUCAUUGGCCGUCGGGACCUGAAUAACAGCGCCCUGCAGAAUCGUUUGGAUUACUUGAACAACGUAACAACCAUCAUAGUCUUCAUCACCACAGUCCUCAACUUCUUCAUCAGUACCUUCGGCAUGCAGAGCACUGGAUACUUCCCUUGGCUUAUGAUGCGCAUUCACUGACACAUUUUAGGUUGCACUACCACACAGACACACUCACCAUAGCUAAUAACAUGCAUACAUACUGUAUAUACAGUGGACCUCACAUUUAUUUUAUGUCUAUUUUAGCUGUGCAACCAUUUAUUUUUAACAGAGCUGUUAUGUGUUACGAGUCAGUACUAACUUAUUUUAUGAUUUUUAACACAUUAACACAUUUGUUUUAAAAAAAUAUGUACAUAUAUGGUAAAAUAUAUUGUAAUCCUGCUUAUAGUGAUAGUCCUUUACCAAGCUUUUAUUAGGUAAUGGUGACAUCUUGUGUCCAAGAGAUGUCAAGAACAUAAAAGCAGCCCUCAUCUAACAGCUGCUCACUUCAGCAAACACAUUCAACAAAUAAAACACAAGUUU